UCCCCCUAAAUUAACGGUAAUGGUGAUGAUGAGUGGUCACGCCACUAUUACCCGCCAAGAGCAUUCAAGAAUACUCCUACAGUUUCCAUAAUCCUUUUCUUUCGAAGUGGACGCACACAUCACAUUCACACCAGAGCCACAAGUCACUAUGAAACCCUCUCACCGCCGCAGACUCAGCUUCUCCUCCACCGCCACCGUCACCGUCACCUACACUCUCCGCAAUGACCAACCUGCCCCUCCCACCUCCACCCAGAACCCCACCCCGAUUCCGAUCACCGUACACGUACCGCAGUCCGCCGCCGCCGCCGUCAAAAUCCAAUCGGCCUACCGGAGCCACCUUAUCCGCAGCCUCUACAAGACAAUCGCGGCCGUCCAUUCCGAGGCCGACGAGUUCCAGCGCCUGAUCCAACGGCAGGAGACGGUCGACGCCGUGAGGAGCAGCGAGCGGGAGAAGCUGAGGAUGAACGAGGCGCUGAUGAAGUUGCUACUGAGAUUGGACUCUGUGCCCGGGGUGGACCCCACAGUGAGGGAGGCGAGAAGGAAGGUGAGCCGUCGGAUCGUGGGGCUGCAGGAGAUCGUGGACGCGAUUGUUCAGGAAGACGUGGAGGGGUUCUGGGGUGGGUGCGGCGGUGGGUUUGGGAGGGACUACUGGAACGACGUCGUGGCGGAGAUGGAGGAGGGGGUGUGUAGGGAGAGAGGAGGUGAGGAAAUGGAGAGGUUCUGUGCUGAGUAUUUGGGGUUUCGCUGCUUACAGAGGUUUCUGAGUCAGCCGUGAUCUUGUGGCUGCGCUGCCACUGCUUCACCGUGUAUACGCUUGUAGCUAUCAUGUUUCUUUUUGUCAAUAAAACCUGCUUCGUAAAAUUGUCACCCAAAUCGGGUGGUGUGUCUAGCGUAACUAGACCAAAAUGCACAAAUACAUUUUGAUUGA